AUGGAUGGUUUUGUCCAUAAGAAAAAAUACCAUCUCCACAAAUGUAGCACCGGCAACAUGGACACUCAGAAUUCCAUUCAAGUUCCAAAACGUAGUAAAUCCGACUUCGAAAUGGGACACCACAGCAUCCUCCCCCGACGCAAAGUAGUACCGCGUUUCCGUAGUCGAUUUGAAUGGACAUUUUUAUUUGGAGAAUCCGAAAUCGACGCCUUCAGACGUCGCCGAAUAAACCCGCUACAGGAAUCGGAAAUCAACCAAGGUUCCAGGAACGGUUUCCAAGAAGCCAUGGAGCAGGUAGACCAGGCGUACCCCGACGAGCUGGUGUCUGUAACGUACGAGGAGCUGAGGGAAAUGGCGAAGGAUAUGGGAAAAGGGCAACGAGAACGUGACAUGGAGGUAAUUGUGCAAUUUCUCCAAUUUAUUCUGCACUUGUGGCACGAACAAUUACAAAGUCGCCCAGCCGAAGAAAGACGAGGGAUAAGAGCAAAACAAGCUCGGGCCACCUACACUCAAACCCACGACUACCUUAAACCCCUGCUCAGAAAACUCAAGACAUUCACCCUCCCUGAAGACAUCACCGAUAAUUUAACAGAAAUUAUAGGUCACCUGAUAAACGGAAAUUACUCGAGAGCUAGUGACGCUUAUUUACAAAUGGAAAUCCGUAACGGCCCUUGGCCCUUCGUGAUGAGCGACGUAACAGAGAGGAAAUAUAUUCAGGGGUUGAAGAGGUUAAUGUUCAAGUGUCAGGAGUACUACCCCACGGAUCUAUCAAGAUGCCCCGAAUACCCCCCAGAACGUGAUCAGAUUUUUUAA